GUUGUCCCGUCGUUAGCAUGAGUUGGCACGCAUACCGGAAGCAGAUUGAAACAACCAGGAAUUAGGCAACAGCAUAAGUUUUGACAGAUUUUUGUAGGGAAUUUGGGGAAUCAUUUUGCUUUUUCUUCGGACUCUGUUAACAGAUUGCUGCCAUGAGUCUUCAGUGGACGGCCGUGGCUACGUUUCUGUACGCCGAAGUAUUUGCUGUACUGCUGCUGUGUAUCCCAUUCAUCUCUCCAAAACGAUGGAGUAAAUUUUUCAAAUCUCGACUGGUUGGUGUGAUUACGGCGUACGGAAACACGGCCUUCAUUGUGAUCAUUUGUAUCCUCGUCUUUCUUCUCGUAGAUGCUUUCAGAGAAGUAAGAAAGUACAGCGUUUCAGAGACGGUGGACCCGAGCAAUCACCCUGUGGCCAUCGAGCACAUCCACAUGAAGCUUUUUAGAGCUCAGAGGAAUGAAUACAUCGCUGGCUUCGCUCUGCUGCUGUGUUUGCUGUUGAGACGUUUGGCCACUCUUCUGUCCCAGCAGGCCACGCUGAUGGCCUCUAAUGAAGCUUUUAAGAAGCAGGCGGAGGGUGCAAAUACUGCUGCGAAGAAAUACAUGGAGGAAAAUGAGCAUCUGCAGGAGAAACUGAAGGAAGCAGGUGUGGAGGUGCCUGAGAUGGGUGGGAAGACUAAUGCCGAGGAGAAGAAGAAUCUGGCCGAGGAGCUCCGACAGCUGAAGGAUGAACUCGAUGCAACGAAGAAAGCUCAUCAGAAGGCUGAAAGUGAUGUGAAGGCCAUGAAGAAGCAGGCCGAGAACCUCACAUCAGAGUAUGACCGUCUAUUGGACGAACACAGCAGACUGCAGGUCAAAUUUGAUGCUCAAUCGGAUAAAAAAUCAGACUAAAUGGACCAUAAUGCACCUGGCCGCUUUCCUGCAUCGUCAUUGGCUGAAGCUCUGCUGGGUUUCGUUUCACUUCACUGGCUGUUGAGUGUAAGCUGGUCCUGUUCCUCACAAACAUGUUUUUUUUUUUGCUAUGAUUUAUUCAAAGUCAAAUUUAUGAAACACUGUACGAUUCUGUUUGCUGUGAUUUAUUGGUAAAACUAUUAUGUAAAGGUUUUGGUAAGAAGGGUGUUACAAACAGUAUGUAUAAAUGUUUUAUAAAUAAUGCCCACUGUUUCAAUAGAAGACCAAAAACGAUAAACACAUUUAUAAAUUAUUCCUAAUAGUUUUGCAUUUGCUUUAUUUUUUCUGCUAUAUAGAAAACCUUUUGUCUGUCUGUACUAUAAGUAUGGAUAUAUGGUUGCAUGUUUUAGUUCAUAUUAAAUCCACAUUAUACGCUAUACCUAAGUCACUCCCUCCAGUUUACGAUCAAUGAGCCACGUUUUUGACUGUCUAUAGGCAGAUAUCUUUGUGUGUGUUUGCCCUGUAUGCCAUAGAUCACGUCUCUUUUGGACUAUUGUCGAGCGGAGAGAACGGGUUUUAUCCGGUCUGGUCCUGUUUGAGGCCACAGAUUCAGAAUAAUCUGAUAUGAGCCGGGCAGAGCUGCUACACAGGGUAAUAACGCCACUUUGGCAGGAACAGUGAAGCGUCCACAGCUGAUAUUACAUUUCAAAACACAACACACUGUAUCAAUCUCCUUCCAGGUCUCCAAACGAUAUUAACGUCCCCCUCGAAGGUUUACAUUUUAAGCCAACACUAUUUGAUGUCUUGUGAUUAAAAACAUGAAUAUUUAAGUUUUGUGAGAUCAUUACAGAAAUGAUUGCAAAGCUAUAUGUUUAACAUGCGAUUCCUGAAAAGAUUCAACAUGAUGACAUCAUAGCUGUGUUAAAAUAGGGUGUUGAGGGAACGGCAUUUGCGCCAAUUCGGGUUCCAGGUUCAGUGACUCGGUGUUUGGUAUUUCAGACCUCCAUGACAGUUAACAUGUUAGUGCGAGGAAUGCCGUCUGCAUCUGCAACCAUGACAAUAGUUUACAGUUUCAUUCGCUCUACAGAUGAACAAGUAAAACAUUCACAAGAGAAACAGUUUAAAGGGAUAGUUAACCCAAAAAUAAAAAAUUUGUCAUUUACUCACCCUCUAGUUGUUACAAACCUGUAUACAUUUCUAGAUAUUUAAAAAAAUAUAGUGUUUCUAACCAAGCAGAUUUGGGGUAGCAUUGACUUUUAUCAUAGAAUAAUACAAUGGAAGUCAAUGGUGCCCCAGAUCUGUUUGGUUAUUAACAUUUUUCAAAAUAUCUUCAUUUUUGAAAAAUAUACAGUAGUGUUUCUAACCAAGCAGAUCUGGGGUACCAUUGACUUUUAUCAUAGAAUAAUACUUUUGGAAGUCAAUGGUGCCCCAGAUCUGUUUGGUUAUUAACAUUUUUCAAAAUACCUUGAUUUUUUUUAAGUUAUACAGUAGUGUUUCUAACCAAGCAGAUCUGGGGUACCAUUGACUUACUUAUUCAUUUAGCUGAGGCUUUUAUCCAAAACGACUUACAAUUGCUAUAAAGGUCAGAGGUCGCACGCCUCUGGAGCAACUAGGGGUUAAGUGUCUUGCUCAUGGACACAAUGGUGUGUCACAGUGGAUUCGAACCAGGGUCUCUCACACAAAGGCAUGUGUCUUAUCCACUGCGCCAUCACCACCCCUUUUCGUGAAAAAAUACUAUGGAAGUCAAUGGUGCCCCAGAUCUGUUUGGUUAUAUUAACAUUUUUCAAAAUAUCUUCAUUUUUUAAAGUUAUACAGCAGUGUUUGUAACUAGCAGAUCUGUGGUACCAUUGACGUCCAUCUUGGAAAAAAUACUAUUGGAAGUCAAUGGUGCCCCAGAUCUGCUUGGUUACAAACAAUCUUCAUUUGUGUUCAGCAAAACAAAGAAAUUUAUACAGGUGUGUAACAAUUUAAGGGUGAGUAAAUGAUGACAGAAUUUUAAUUUUUCAGCAAACUAUCCCACCCUUUAAUGAAGAUGUUGAUGUAUAGCUGAAGAUGAAAGCGUAUAUUUGGUGGAGCGAUGUUUUAUUUUGAUGAGGUGUUUCAGGUUUUGGUGUCAGCAGAUGCUUUAAAUAUAAUGUUGCAUAAUUACCAAAUCAAUAAAUUGACUGUAUUAUAAUAUUAAUGGGGUUUUUCGUCUUUAUAUGCAUUUCUAAACUUAACUCAUUUGUUUUUGCAUCAUUGUAUUCGAAGUCUUGAAGGAAAACAAAUGCACUGCAGUGAAAACCUGAUGAAAGCCAAUAAUGAAAUAAAUGAUCAUGGAUGUUUUAUCACAGUGUACAGCGUAAUGAACAGUUCUGAUAGACGUUAUCUGUCUCUGAUGUCCUCAGGACAGCACUUGCUGCAUCUUUCUUCAUUGCAAACUAUGAUUUUAUUGUGUUUUGAUGUGCUUUAGGCGGAAUCUUGAUGAACAAACCAAUAAAUUUUGCCAUCCUUAAUGAAA